AUGGAGGCGGAGGCGAAGUCGCUGUUGGGCCCCAGCGGGGCGGCGCUGCAGCAGCUGGGGGUGUGGCGCCCCCCCGCCUCCGGGCCGGCCGGCCCCCGACUGCUGAGUGCGCUCUUCAUCGUCGCCACCAACGCGCUCGUGUGCGCCGCCAGCGCUGUCCAGCUCGCCAUCGACACCCCGACGGACCCCGAGACGCUGCGCGACGUCUUCUUCCAGACCACUUGCAGCUGCGCCUGGGGCCUCAGGGAUGAUCCAAAAGUGCCAAAGAGACCUAUAGCACUGUUUUUAGGAGGGUCAGGAGCAGAAGGAUGCCGACAAGACAUCCCUGCUCGGCAACCCUAUUUCCACCGGGUGCUGCCGCUGACGUCCGUGUCGCUGUGGGCUCUGGGUCCGGUGACUGGCGCUCCAGAGUCGGUGAUGAUGGGCAACUCCACAAUGGUGGUGCGUCGCGAGCCACUGGUCCUCUGGCUGCCGCUCGACACCCAGCAGUCGCCCACCUACGAGGUCGUCUUCGCACUGCAGGUCGUCGGCGUCGUCGCCAUAUCCGAGAUAAGCAUCCUCCUCGACAUCUUCUUCGUCUGCCUCAUGAUCCACGUCAUGGCCGAGAUUGCUGUUCUCAACAAGAACGUCACCAGUAUACGCUUGUUCGGGCAGAAUGGACACCGCAAUCAGCUGCAUGAAGCGAGAGAUGUGACUGCCGCUGGUCGACAGAGAUAUAAUGACGGAGAGCAGUACACAGACGGCGACGAGUCUGUCGAAUGGACAUCUGCAGUAACUGAACCACUUCCGAACAGCACAUUUGUCUCCUCGCAGGACGUGGAUGACGCAAAGAGACGACUAUACGCCAUUUUAAAGAUGAACAUUCAACACCAUCAGGCUAUUAUGUUGUGCGUCAACGAGCUGGAGGAAGGGAUGAGUAAGUCCACGUACAUCAUUCUGCUAGUGAACGCCCUUACCAUUUGUUUACAUGCCUUCGGAUUUGUUGAGCUUUUCCAAGGAGGCUGGAAAGGACCAGCCGUGGUGAAGAGGCUGCUCGCUUGCCCCAUCUAUAUGGCGGAGACUGCACUCUUCUGCCACUUCGGACAAUCACUGACGGACCAUACAACUAUUUCCUGCACAAUACCUGGUGGUGUAUAUCUGACAGGAAAGCUUACACGGCUAAUGUGCGUCGUGUGUGUCUGUUACCAGAGCGAGCGCCUGCUGGACUCUGCUUUCAGCUGCGGCUGGCCAGACGCCGACGGUCGUUUCUGCAGUGCCCUUCUCAUCUUCAUGCAACAGGCGUCGCAGCCUCUCAAGAUCAGGGUAGGCAAGAUCUUCACACUGUCCAGGAACUCUUUCUUACAGGUGUGUAAACUUUUGUCAGAAAUAACAUGA